GCCAGUCGUUGUGAAUUAUGGCGGUGUGUGUGGAUGUGCUUGCUGUGGUGCUCCUGCUGCGCGUUGCUGUGUUGGGCUUCCCUGCGCGGCCGCCGCCCCAAGCAGAGUCGAGCUGCGGGUAUAAGUCAUGUCCAGCGACACAACCUUCUAUGCUCAAUGUCCAUCUGGUUCCUCAUACGCAUGAUGAUGUCGGCUGGCUGAAGACUGUCGACCAGUACUACUAUGGAGACCGCAAUGACAUCCAGCAUGCUGGUGUGCAGUACAUCCUGGACUCUGUGUUGGAACAGCUGCUGGCAGACCCCACGCGUCGCUUCAUCUACGUGGAAACGGCCUUCUUCUUCCGCUGGUGGAGGCAGCAGGACAGUGCCACCCGCAAAGCAGUCACUAUGCUUGUUAAUGAAGGACGCCUGGAGUUUGUGAAUGGUGGCUGGUGCAUGAGUGAUGAGGCCACCACACACUACAGCGCCGUCAUUGACCAGAUGACACUGGGGCUUCGCUUCCUCAAUGACACUUUCGGAGCCUGUGGGCGCCCUCGUGUGGCCUGGCACAUUGACCCCUUCGGACAUGCCCGCGAGCAUGCCUCCAUGUUUGCUCAGAUGGGUUAUGAUGGCUUCUUCUUCGGUCGUUUGGACUACCAGGAUAAAGCCCGGAGGAUACGGGACAAGGAUAUGGAGAUGGUGUGGAGGGCCAGUGAGAGCCUAACCCCUCCCACUGCUGACCUUUUCACCGGGGUGCUGCCAAAUGGAUACAACCCACCUGCUGGCUUCUGCUGGGACCAGUCUUGCAAUGACCCACCCAUCCGUGAUGACCCCAACCUAGAAGACUACAAUGUGGACAACGUAGUCAAGAGGUUCAUAGAGAUUGCCAAUGAUCAGGCAAAAAUGUACAGAACAAAUCAUAUUAUAAUGACCAUGGGCUCCGACUUCCAGUAUGAAAAUGCCAACCUGUGGUACAAGAACAUGGACAAGCUCAUCCGCUAUGUUAAUGCAAAGCAAUCACAAGGCAGCAAGGUCAAUGUGCUGUACUCCACCCCAUCCUGCUAUCUUCAGGGGCUUCACCAGGCAAACCUCACAUGGUCUGUGAAAAUGGACGACUUUUUCCCGUAUGCUGAUGGACCCCAUGAUUUCUGGACAGGUUACUUCACGAGCCGGCCGGCCCUGAAACGCUAUGAGAGGCUGUCUAACAGUCUGCUGCAGGUCUGCAAUCAAUUAGAAGUCCUUGGCGGUCCGAAUUCCAGAAAAGGUCCUUAUGGUGAAGGAGACAGCGACACACUACAGGAGGCCAUGAGCGUGGCUCAGCACCACGAUGCUGUGUCUGGGACGGAGAAGCAGCAUGUUGCCAACGAUUACGCCAAGAGGCUGGCCAGAGGCUGGGCUCACUGUGAGACAUUGGUGAGCAAUGCCCUGGCAACACUCAGCAGCUGGGAAGCCCCUCGUGAGUACUGUCUGAGCCUCAACAUCAGUGUGUGUCCUGCCACUGAGAACAGCUACAAGUUCUUUCUGACAGUGUACAACCCACUGUCUCGAAUGGUCAGCUGGCCAGUGCGACUGCCGGUCAAUGGCUCUGACUACAUGGUUCUCCAGCCUCAUGGUCAGGUUUUGGAUAGCCAGGUAAUUCCCGUAUCCAAGGCAACUCGGAAGAUCCGGGGCGAUAGAGGCUAUGCCGUCAACGAGCUGGUGUUCCGUGUUCAGGCCCCACCUGUUGGCUUCAGAACAUAUGUGGUCUCACAGAUGUCCAGACAGCAUCCCCCUGUGGCCCCUCAACCGGGGACUCCACUGUCUAUGGAGAACCAGUUUAUCAGGGUGACCUUUGACCCUGACACAGGUCUAAUGAACAGCCUGACUAACUUGGAGACAAAGCAAAAAAUUCAACUCAUGCAGAACUUCUACUGGUAUAAUGCCAGCGAUGGAAAUUCUGCAGACAGCAACCAGCCCUCAGGGGCAUACAUCUUCAGGCCCAACUCCUCCACACCAAUAAUUGUUAGCCAGACUGCCAAGACCUAUACUCUGAAGAAUUCUGUGGUGCAGGAGGUGCAGCAGGAGUUCAGCCCCUGGGUGUCCCAGGUGGUGCGGCUCUACUGGGGAAGCAGGGAGCUGGAGCUGGAGUGGACCGUAGGGCCCAUCCCUGUGGAGGAUAGCCUUGGGAAAGAGGUCAUCACCCGCCUGGACACCAACAUUAAUUCCUCUGGCUACUUCUAUACGGACUCCAAUGGCCGCGAGAUGCUGGAAAGACGGAAGGAUUUCCGGCCCACCUGGGACCUGAAGCAGUCAGAGCCUGUUGCUGGUAACUACUACCCUAUCAACUCCCGGAUCUACAUCAAGGACAAGGUGAACCAGCUAACUGCCGUGACAGACCGCUCCCAGGGUGCCAGCAGCCUCCAGGAUGGCUCUCUAGAGAUCAUGCUGCACCGGAGGCUGCUGUACGAUGACGUGCGUGGGGUCGGGGAGCCCCUGUCAGAGCCUGGCGAUGAUAACAAGGGGCUGGUGGUGCGUGGCCGCCUGCUGCUAGCCCUCACACCCCCCAAAGAUGCCGCAGACAUACAUCGGCCCUUGGCCGAAGCACUCGUGCUGGAGCCAUUGCUCGCUUUUCAGACUGGAGAGCUGCAUCCAAACACAAUACUGGAGUUUUCAGGCCUGCAGGCUUCACUGCCCCCUGCUGUCCACUUGUUGACACUGUCCCAGUGGGACCAGGAAUCUGUACUACUGAGGCUGGAGCACCAGUUCCAGGUCACUGAGAGCCCGACUAAUUCGCAGCCUGUAACUGUCAACCUGAAGAAGCUGUUCUCUACCCUGGAGGUGGUGGGUGUGUCAGAGAUGAACUUGUCAGCCAAUCAGUGGAAAGAUGAGAUGAACCGCUUUGACUGGAAAACCAGUGGAGGUGAGCAGUGCCCGCCUCGCAGAUUGGGAGACACCUCCCCAUGGGAAAUCACCCUGAAGCCGAUGGAGAUCCAAACCUUCCUGCUACGAGUCAGGCAGAGAUAGCUUCUCCUGGGCUGGCACCCAGCACAUUGAAUCAAGACUUGGCAUCAAAUCAGAUCCUAAGUAUUGUGCACAUCCUGUGACUAACAAAACCUUUCACUCAGAUCAGAAUAUUAGUAGCAGGCAAUAAAAUUAGAUUAAUUGCAAUCCAAUUUUUUUCUCCUGAACAACUCAUGCUUGAGGCUUUAGUUCAUGUGACAAAUUGUACUUCAUGCCAGAAAAAGAUCUCAAUCAUGUUGAAUUAACCACUUUGAUACAGGGGCUGCUCCUUUUGUUAUGAGCAAUGUGUAGCUCUCAAGGGUCCAGUACUUAACCUCAGGGAUGGGCUCAGCAGAAGCCACCCCCUCUCCCCUUUCUCUCAGCCCACAGAUAAUGCAGUCAUGCCUUAUCAGAGACCAAAAUGCCUACAUAUUUCUUUGACUUGUGUAAUUUUUUAAAACAAAAUGUACAUUUAUACUAUCAAAUUACUUUUGAUACAUUGUAUUUGUAUUCAUGAAAAGUAGCUGCAAUAAAUUCAAG